AGAAGCUAUGGUUGUUUUGUGCCUUAAAGGAGUCAUAUGUUUUUGCCACUCUGUUUUGAUACCUGAUCCUGGAGAUGGAAAUGCCAUUUUAUUUUAAACUCGCACUGCCAUUGAAAAAACCUUUCUUUAGCUGCCUGCCUUGUGACUCUUGUUGAGAAUUAUAUAAACAGAAUAUACAGAAGAAACAGUGUAAGGCAUAUUUAUGCAGAUUGCUAAAUGCUCUUUUUCAUUUAAAAGUAUCUUGUGUGCAGUAUAUUGUAAAAUUUAGAAAUCUUACUUUUAAAGGGGUAGUUUACCCAAAAAUACACAUUAUUUAUUCACCCUCAUGUCGUUCACAUUACUUUCUUAUGUGAAACACAACAGUAGAUGUUAAGCAGAAUGUCUGAGCUGCUCUUUUUCCACACAAGUGAUUGGUGAUUGACACUGACAAGCUUAAAAAACAUAUAAGUAACAAUAAAAUGUUAUAUUCCAUGUCUUCUGAAAUCAUAUGAUAGCAAAUGUGAGCUGUUAAUGCCUGUACAUACCAAGGCCGAUAACUAUAAAAGUUUUAAUAAUCAUUCUAAUUCUAUGAGAAUAGUCAGGACCACACCAAACAGCUAUAACAAUAACAACACCAAGGAACAAUAUCAUUGGAAUCACUUUCAGAACUAUUUAUUCCAGCUGAUGAAUGAUAAAAACAUUGACAGCCAAAGAGAAUCCACUUGACUUUAACAAGCUCAAGCAUUUAAAGCAGCAGACAACAUAACCGCAUCAUCCGCCAGUGGACAACAGCUUUGUUUCUCACACAAAGCUCACAAUUAGCUGAAUAUAGUGCACAAGUAUUUCUGUGGUACUUUAUGGUGUAUUUUUGUUCUUUUUUUCUAUUCACAUUCCUUGUAUGGAAAAGAGCAGCUCUGACAUUUUCAAGAAGAAAGAAGUAAUACAUGGUUGGAAUAAAUGAGGUUGAGUAAAUGAUGACACUGUUUUAUUUCUGGCUGAACUACCCCUUUAAACCUUCUUUAGCUUUGUUGCUGUAUGAGAAGUUACUCAGAGUGGAGAAGCUUCUGUAACCUCCAGUAAAAGAAGCUAAACGUGUGCGGAGACCCCCUCCCAUCCUGUGAAAAUGGACACUGCUAGUGUAUUUAUAGACCAGACACGACGAGCACUCUUUCUUAAGACCAACGGUUGCGCCCAUUCGUCAUAACCGCAUGAUAUUUCAUUCUAGAAGCUACUGUGUCCCUUUCCUUUCACAAAUUUAAACGCUUUGAGAAGAUACACAGAUGAAUCCAGUGUUCUGACUAGACAUACAACAAGAGAAAUACAGUAAGCUAAAAGGAACUGUUAUGGAGAAACCAGUUUUACAAACGCAGCCCUCUAUGCUGCCCUUCUUUGACGCGGCCCACGCCAUCAACUUGCUCCGAGGCAUCCACGAGCUCCGCGCAGAGCGCAAGUUCUUCGAUGUCACAUUGUGUGCUGAAGGCAAGGAGUUCCACUGCCAUCGAACUGUGCUAGCAGCUGCCAGCACGUACUUCCGUGCCAUGUUUGCCGGUACUCUUAGAGAGAGUGUCAUGGACCGUGUGGUGCUACACGAAGUAUCUGCUGAACUGUUGGGCCUCCUGGUGGACUUUUGCUACACUGGUCGCGUGACCGUCACACAUGACAACGUGGACCUUCUGCUCAAGACUGCGGACCUCUUUCAGUUCCCUUCCGUCAAAGAAGCGUGUUGCGCGUUCCUGGAGCAGAGACUUGAUGUUUCCAACUGCUUGGAGAUCCAGGACUUUGCAGAGGCUUAUGCCUGCCGUGAGUUGGCGGUUAGCGCCCGCCGUUUUGUGCUGAAGAACAUUGUGGAGCUGGCGAAGAGCAUGGACUUUGAGCGCCUGUCGUGGAAGCGACUAUUGGAGUUUGUGUCUGAUGACGGACUGUGUGUGGAUAAGGAAGAAACAGCAUACCAGAUUGCCGUACGCUGGGUCAAAGCCGACUUGCAGCACCGGUUGCAUUACUGGCCUGAGUUGUUGCAGCAAGUACGGCUGCCGUUUGUUCGCCGUUUCUACCUUCUGGCCCACGUGGAGAGCGAUCCACUGGUCUACUUGUCACCUGCUUGUUUGAGGUUAGUCAGUGAGGCACGCAGCUUUCAGUCCUACGAAUACGACCGCCACGACCGACCUGGUCAUCGAAUGCGCCCUCGUCCGUCCACCGGCCUGGCCGAAAUUCUGGUGGUGGUUGGAGGAUGUGAUCAAGAGUGUGAUGAGCUUGUUACUGUGGAUUGUUACAACCCACAGACUGGACAGUGGAGAUACUUGGCAGAAUUCCCAGACCACCUUGGAGGUGGCUACAGUAUAGCCGCCCUGGGCAACGACAUUUACGUGACAGGUGGCUCAGAUGGAUCACGUCUUUAUGAUUGCGUUUGGAGAUACAACUCCAGUGUGAAUGAGUGGACUGAGGUCUCUCCCAUGUUGAAAGCUAGAGAGUACCACAGCUCCUGUGUCCUGAAGGGUCAACUCUAUGUGGUAGCCUCUGACAGCACUGAGCGCUAUGACCAUACCCUGGACUGCUGGGAGGCCCUUCCGCCCAUGCCGCAUCCCAUGGAUAACUGUUCUACCACAGCAUGUAGGGGGCGGCUCUACGCCAUUGGAUCCUUAACCGGAGAAGACACAAUGGCAAUUCAGUGCUACGAUGCUGAAAGCAACCGUUGGUCACUGAUCAACAGUGGAGAACUGCCUCCGUGGUCCUUUGCCCCCAAAUCGGUGACUCUAAAUGGCAUGAUCUACUUUGUGAGGGAUGAUUCGGCAGAAGUUGAUGUCUACAACCCACAGAAACACGAAUGGGACAAGAUUAGUCCCAUGACACAAGUACAUGUUGGCGGCAGUGUAGCAGUUUUGGGUGGUCGACUCUUUGUGUCCGGUGGCUAUGACAACACCUUUGAGCUAUCCGACGUGGUUGAGGUCUACGACCCCUCUACUCGAUCUUGGGCCCCAGCUGGCCGGCUCCCCCAGCCCACCUUCUGGCAUGGAAGUGUUAGCAUAUUCCGACAGUUCAUGCCCCUUGUUCCAAGCACCUUCGAACCAUUUGACAUACCUGAGGCCAACGCCAUCCACCUCCACAGACACCACCGAAACCAGGCACUUCACAACCACAACAAUAAUGUCAAUCAGAACCUCAACCAAGAAGUCAAUCAAGUGCAUUGAGAACUUUUCGAAACAUGAGACUGAAAGUCAUUCAAUGUGACAUCGCUACUAAGUGUUUUGCACUUUAUCACGUGUUCACCUCAACUGGGCAGUAAAGGGAGCUGGUGAAUGGACUAUCAAUGUUUGUGUUAUUUCUCCCAGUAACCCAGUGUUACUAAAGCUUUAAUUGUUGCAUGCAUUUCUAAUGCUGGCUGUGUUUACCUUGAACAGAGACUUGAGUGAAGUGACUCAUGAAAUAGUGCCUAUCAUGUUUGGCAAAUUUCAAGCAAUCCAUGCCUUGGAAAUUGCAUGAAGAUUACACUAAUGUUUCUUUUUUUAAAUGUAUUUUAUAACUCAGCAUGGACCUUCUAAAGUAAUCAAACAUUGCAACUUCAAGUCCAAACCCAUAUAAUAUAACAUAAUUACCUAAUGAGAUGUAUAUUUGCUCUUCUCAAAUCAUUUUGAGACCCCCAAGCAUUCCAAAAGGUUAAUGUUUGGAUCACUUAGAUUGUAGAUGUACGUUUAUAGCAUAAUAUAGCAUAGUAUCCUGCAAUGUGGAAAACAAUUAGUUUUUUAUAAAAGCAGAGAAGAGUCAAAAUGAAAUAUUUUGGAGAAUCCAAGACUUCCCAAAAACAUAAUUUUGACAGAAACUUAAUAUCUGGACCCAAGAGAACCCUAUUUUUAUGUUCAUCUUACUAGAAUUACAUGUGUCAGACAAUCUAACAUGCAUGGGUCAAAUUUUGUGAAUUUGUAUUAGACUUGCUUUUAAACUUGCUCAUAUUUUAAUAUUAAUUUAAGUUUAUAAUUAUCUAGUCUUUGUUUAUUUUAGAGAAAGGAAUGUUACAGUUUGAGAAACAGCUUGUGUUUUUUAAGCUGUCUGUGAUGAAUCAAUGAAGGUAUUGUAUUUUUAUGUCAAACUGUAUUCGGAUGCUGUACUAAUAACUGGAAGUAGUAAUUCAGUAUCUCAUUAUUGUAUCUCUUGAGUAAAAAUGUGUUUGACCAUACCAGUACUUAUGAAACUAAUUAUUUACAACACACUUAAGCGGUACUUGACAUUUUAUUUUUCUUACAGAAUGUUUGGUUUGUUUUGUGGCCAAAAUUAUUUGUACAAUAUGGACAAGGAGAUGAUUUGUGUAAUGUUUGUAUGUGUGGUCAACCAAUAAAUGACUUAAGCACUGUUA